AUGAGUCUAGAGUGCAAAGUCUAUCAGAAGGAGCUCCGGAUACUUGGAUACGGCUACCCACUGUACGAGCCUAAUCCAGCCGAGUACGACCGUGUACGUGUUGGUGAUGUCGGUAUUACUCAUAAGAACGGAUACUUCCGGAGGAUAUUCAAUGCACUUCCUCAGUCGGAGUCGUCUGCUGAGUAUGAUAUAAAUUCAACGUACGGCGUGCCAGAGGGCUUUGAACCAUUACCGGACGCCUCCCGGUUAACGACAUUCAGCAAUGAAAUCAAUCCAGGAGCUUGGCUGCAAUCUCACCAUGUCAAGCGGAUUGAAGGCGACGUAGAUUUUUCAGUGACUGCUGCAGCCGCUGGAGCUAGGGUCAACUUUCUGGUAUCCAAUCAACAGGCUGCUGCGCUUCGUAUCAAGCACAGUGCAGAACGAGUGAACGCAUCUCGUCUGGGUCUUUACCGGUCUUAUAUGUUAAAGCAUUACAAGUCAUGGUGGCGAUUCAUUCGUGACUUGGGAUUCGACUUUGAACUGGAAGACAUUAUCCUGGUAACAGGACAUGAAUUGACCGCGAACUGGGCAACUGCAACGCUCAUUGAAAGUGCGACGCACGGAGGAUUUAGGAUCCAGGCGGGUGAUGCGGUUGCGCUUUCAGCCUCGACUAGUAUUUCAGGAGCAUCGGAAUCGGCGAUUCACGUUCCCAUACGGGUUGGCCCAAGUCCGUAUAAUCCUCCGUUGCAGCAUCUUAGAAACCACAAUGGCGACAUAAAUCGUGACGAUAUUGAACCAUUCAAAGAUCAGUGCAUUUUCCUGAGAGGCUUUCGUGUCAAGGAAAGGCUCUUCAUGUUUACGAAGAUGAGAGCGGCUGCAGAGCCAGAGGAUAUGGAUAUGGAUAGGGACAUUGAUGCGGAAUCAGGUCCUAUCCCUGUCGUAUACGAUUCAGAUGAUGAUGUUCAGCUCGAAGAGGUCCGGUGUAAACUCUUGAUCUUAAAACGUGCUUGCGCUUAA